UUCGCAGUUAAAUAGUGAUAACAAGUGUUAAAAAGUAUUUUAAGGAAAUGAAAACAUGUCCCAAACAUGCUUAAAUCGGACAGGACGAUAACCCCAUCGUUUCCACGUUGUGAACAUUAAAAAAAAAGUGAAUCAGUGUGAGUGUUGUGAGAGUGUCAGGUUGCGAUGAGGCGGGGGGCGGGAGUGCCCCCGCGCCUCUUAUCAGUUGAUAAGGCGUCGUGGCGGCCCGAGGCAAGCGAGGUAUCGGCAAACGUGGUGAAGUCUUCAGGGUGACCAGGCUGCUUGGACCGAAGCGGCCGCCGCCCGCAAUGCUGCACUCACUAAACGCGCUGGCGGGCAAGAUCUCGCCGGGCGGCGGCCUCGACACAAACGCGAACCGGCAUUCGCACCCCAACCGAAACCACAAGGCGUCCUCGCCCUCUGCACCCUACUCUAAGCCCAAUGGGAUAAGUAUGAUCAACAACAACAACAGCACAAGCAUCAACAAUAACAACAAUGAGGACGAGAAGGCGGAUAUGCCCGACCCCGACUACAUUAAGAUGUUCGUGGGGCAGGUGCCGCGCAGCAUGGACGAGAACGACCUGCGCAUGAUGUUUGAGGAGUUCGGGCGCGUGCACCAGAUCAACGUGCUGCGCGACAAGAUCACCGGUGCGAGCAAAGGGUGCUGUUUUGUGACGUUUUUCACCCGCAAAGCGGCGCUGAAAGCGCAAGACGCUUUGCACAAUAUCAAAACGCUGAGCGGGAUGCACCAUCCAAUCCAAAUGAAACCGGCUGACAGUGAAAAUAGAAAUGAACGCAAGCUGUUCGUGGGGAUGCUCAAUAAGAAGCUGUCUGAGAACGACGUGCGAGCGCUGUUCGCAGGGCAUGGCGCCAUCGAGGAGUGCACCGUGCUGCGGGACGCGCAGGGCCAGAGCAAGGGUUGCGCGUUCGUCACGUUCGUCUCUAAGCAGGCGGCCAUCGCUGCCAUAAAGACACUGCACCACAGUCAGACUAUGGAGGGUUGUUCGGCCCCGCUGGUUGUGAAAUUCGCCGACACGCAAAAGGAGAAGGAGCAAAAGAAGCUGCAGGCCAUGCAGGCGAGCCUGUGGGGGCUGACGACGCCGGUGACGCCGACGGCGUACCUCGCCUCGGAGGCGGCGCUCUCGCCCGCCACGCAGCUGCAGCUGCUGCAGCAGUUGCAGGCGGUGGGACUGCAGCAGCAGCUGUUGCAGGGGCAAGGGUCCACGCUGCUGCAAGGUGUUAACUAUCAGGAUAUCGCUUUCAAUGGCGCAGGCUUGAGCGGAGGGACAGUGAGCGGGGUGGGCGGAGUGACGUCCAUGGGCGGCGGGGCAGCCGACCAGCUGGGUGGGCUCCUCGCGCCGGUGUCGGUGCAGAACCUGGCGGCGCUGGCGGCCAUGACGCAGCCCGUGGUGACACAGGCGACGCCCAUGGCACCUGCUGCCGCGCCACAGCCGGCGGCGCCACAAUUAUGUCUUCUCGGGAAGACUAACAUAACAGGGUCUACAGCGGAGCCACUGAGCUCUGCGUACGCGGCGCAAUUUGGUAGCGCGUUCGCGGCCGCGCCGCUCGGUUCCGUGCUCGGCUCGGCCGCCGCCGCAGCUGCGGGCAAGCAGGUCGAAGGUCCAGAAGGCGGUAACCUGUUCAUAUACCACCUGCCGCAGGAGUUCACCGAUACAGAUCUCGCAUCGACCUUUUUACCUUUCGGGCACGUAAUUUCGGCCAAAGUGUUCAUAGACAAACAGACCAACCUCUCCAAGUGCUUCGGCUUCGUGUCCUAUGACAACGCCGCCUCCGCACAGGCCGCGAUACAAGCCAUGAAUGGCUUCCAAAUAGGUACAAAAAGACUCAAAGUUCAAUUGAAACGUUCCAAGGAACUCUCGAGACCGUACUAAACAUAGACAACUUGUUCCUAGUGAUUGUUUAAAAAAAACUAAAAACUAUGCAAAGGUUGUAAGUAUUUGAACGUUUGUUGUGAUGUAAAUCGGUGCACUUUGAACUGACAGAUAGAUAAGGUUCGUACGAAAACGCGAGUCCACGUGCACAGUUGUUAACUAAUAAGUAUAAGGUUAAGGUUUGUGUCAAAGGAUUUAUCGUUUCCAAAGUAUUCCCCAAAUUGUUUAUUACUUAUUCAUAUUUUUUAACUUAUAAGUUUUAGUCACUUUAAGCGUAAGUUCAGCGCGUUUUGCAAGCGAUACUUUAUGCACCAAAGAAAUGGUACCUACCGAGCUAACAGUGUCGAUUCAUACGCUCAUGGAAUAACUCAAAUUACGUACGUGUUAAAAAUACCUAUAUAUUUUGCCAUCCAAAGCUUAUUACCGGUGAACAAACGCCGGAACUACCAAAUGAGUAUUGCUAAUUUCAUUGUUUUGUUCGUCAUAUUAUAGAACAACUUUAUAUUUAGAUACUUAAGUAGAUAUUUCUUCGUUAUAUAAAUUUUCUGUGUUACCGAUAUAAUUUGUUGUGUUAAAGUAAUCCACGUGGCCAUUGCAGUUACGCAGUUUUUCUUCAAAUAAUAUUAGAGUAACGAAUCGAUCUCAAAGUGAUCAAUGUAUUUAUUUUACCUGACUUGUUGUCAAUAGUGUACUUAAACUUGUAAUUUUGUUUAUAAGACUGCCUACCGUGAACGUUUCUAUCGCUCUAUUGACCCGAAAUAUGUGAAUUAUUCAUAUUACGUAGUAGAUAUCUAAGAUAUCUCAAAUGUUUUAUUCAAAUCAUGAAAUGUCUAUACAUUGUACUUUUCUCGAUGAUGUUCUUAAUUUCCGUCAUAUUUGAGCACCUAAACACAAAUUAUAAUACUGACUUAGACCACGAGUUAAAUGGCUCUCACAAGAAAAAGGUUCAUUUCACUCGAAAAUAUUCGGGAGCGUGUGGAUAUUUGAGAUAUCUAGUAGGUUCAAAUCGUAAAUUGUUCCUUCUUGUCGUACUUGUUUGUAACUUUUUUUUUUUAAUCUUUAUUAAAGGGCUUUUUCGAGUGAACGAAUAUGUCGCCCCUGUGUGUAACUUAUACAUAAUUUAUCUGUAAAUAGAUAUUCAAUUGAACCGUUUACUGGUCGACCGUCUAGGCUGUAUUCGGCGUACUACUGACGACCCAUUACGGGGAUUCGUUUUACCAUGAUCCCAUUAGUCUUUUAUUUAACACAUCGAACACUGGACCUUUAGUCAAAAUUUUAUUAGGUUUAAGUAUUUAUAUUUAGAAUAUUUUCGUACGUAAGUUUGGUAUUCGAACAUCGCCCAUUAGAGCACCAAAACAUUCUGAAGAAGAUAGCUCGGCGACAUUAUUAUGUUCAUUGCCCGUAACAUGGGUUCAGGUACUUAAAACUGUUUGCCAAUACAUUUCACUUCUUAUAUCACUGGCACAGUUUUCUCUUUAUAUUCUACGUUAUUAUAAUAAUAUAAUUAAACUUCUUACACUUUUUGUAAUUUUAGAUGCUUUUCCUUUAAUUAUAAUAACUCCAAGAUGUAAGUUAAAGCCUGCAAAAGGAAGUAAUUCAUGAGAGUAUUUUAACUUGUUAGAAUCAUAAUCGUAUUUUAUUUACUUGUGUAAAUGAUAUUUCACUAAUUCGAGUUAUGCCGGUGCGUUAUGUUCCAACUACCCACAAACGACCAAUUUAAAAUGUAAAGUACCUAACCUGUCACUUUAAGUUAUAGACAUGCAGACUAUAUUCUACGUGUUUACUUUUGUCAUUUAAAGAACUGAUGUAGAUCAUCUUUGAAAUAGCUUAAUUAAAUUUAGUUGAGUGUUAUAUAUUAAAGCGAGGAUUAUAAGAUGGUUUAUAAGUUAUUUACUCUAAUUUAGUCGUGUUUUGAUGUCUGAAAAAAGACAAUAUCUAGACUGAAUAAGUUCCGUUGUAGGUGUUGCAGUUAGUGAUUCAGUCAUUGUCUAGUGAUUCCUUUAUUUAGGGUUCCGUGGAACUUACAUGAUUAUAGCUUUUUGUCGUUCUUUUUUCUUGUUGUAAGAUAAAUUAUUAUUAGGGGAAUGUAUUUCUUUAAAUUUUAUUUUAACGUUUUGGUAGGUUAAUAAAAAAAUGGGACACGACCACAAGAUCAGUGUUAACUUAUAGGUAUGAUUUGUCAUACUUGUCAAAAAUGCUAGUGUGGAGGGUUUUUUACCUACUUAAUAUUUCUUAGGUAUAUAUAAGGGAGACCUCAUUGUUGUUGUGCAUAAUAAAUGCCUUUUGGACUUUGAAUGUGAAAUAAAGAUUUCAGUUCUCGUAUAGUAGUGGUGCUACAUCUGAGUCUCCCGCCAAAACACUCACAGCCAACAUUUGUAAUCAUGAUUAUAACGUUAUACAAAUCCGUAUUUGACAUUUAAAAAUAUAUUGUGUUCGUCCGACAUUGAAGUUUACUAAUGCAUGUGGGAAAAUUUGAGAGGUAGCACGAAGCGAAAUAAUAGACAUCAUUACAAUUUCCAUCCAUGAUAACAUUGUUCUUCGUUUUAGAUAAAAAGAUCAGCCAUGGGAUCUAUUUAUUUUAUUUUAUUUAGAUGUAUGGAAAUUGCGCUUAAAAAUGAUGAUAUUUAAAAAAUUGACAAAAUAGCAUUUUGUAUGUGUUGCCGUGAUAAAUUAUAUUUCGCUUCCUUGAUUAAAAAACAUGCCAAAGAAAUGAGAAAAUGGCCAAAUAUGUUCCAUAUGCAUGAAAUAUGAAAGCAACAGAACGAGAAAAUGUGAUGCCGGGUUACUUUGCAAGUUUGCAGCUGACUCCAUCAGCAGCCAAUGUGUCUCCAUUAUUUGUUUAGAAUUUUAUUCUGCAAGCACUUUAAGAAUGAGAUGAUUUUAGUGAGAUUUACUAAACAUGCCACCCGUCGUCUAACAAUUCAUAAACCUUGUUGCAGAGACAAGAGGUUUACUAUUGUCAGUUAAGAAUUAGUCUAAUAGUUUGUAACUAAUUUAACUUUAUGCAAAACUGAUGAAGUGUAAGUAGUUGCCAACCACACAGGUAGCUCAACCUGACGAUGCUGGGAGCAAAAUUUUAUUUUCUUUAUCCUGAAUUACUGAUAGAGCUCAAUAAUUAUAAGAAUUGUCCAAAUCCAGAACGACUACGCAAAACAAAAUAGGUAACUGCUAACUUCAGGUAUUUUGUUACUUGUCAGCUUUAUUGUAUACCUACCGUCAUUUAUGAAGUACUCAUUCAAUUUAGUUAAUUUUUGUAAUUAGUAGGGUAAGUAAGCGCCUUGAGUAUGCACUUUUUUCUCAGACGAUGCCGCUUGGCACGAUUUUUCCUUAGGUCAAACAAAGCUGAUUUGGCCCGGUACGAGUACGAGAUCGUACCGUGCAUACCCCCCAAAAAGGGAGGGGGAAAGGGUCGGCUCCCCAGGUCCAAUUUAUGCUAUAUUAGCAACUAGGGCAAGUAAUUUAUCAUUUUCGUAUAAUUUAGGGACGAGGAAUUCAUUUUUGGAAUAACCAUUAUACCUUUUCAUACAAAAAAAUUGUGCAAAUAAUGAAAAUGUCAUGUAAUUUUUUGUGACAAUUUUGGCUGUUACAAUCAGUCCACACUGAUUGUAACAGCCAAAAUUGUCACAAAAAAUUACAUGACAUUUUGCACUAAAUAAAAAAUUGCACAAUGUAGCCCAUUUAUUCUUCAUUUUAGAAAAUAUCACUUUAAAGUAGGCAUUCAUACAUUUUUUCGUACAAAAAAUGUAUGAAUAUAGCCAUAGUUCCAUACAAAUGGAACUAUGGCCAAGAUUAAAUUUUUUUUCAAAAUUACUGAAUUUGGCAUUUUAAAAGUAAAAAUAUAAUGUUUUAAUGAUUUUCCCAUGCGGUUUUGCCCUUUUAAGGUACAAAUUUGUCAUUUUUCUUUUUAAUCAUACAAUACAAACACCCCCAAUGGGCAACAUUAUCCAAUGGUUGGCAACUGUCAAAGUUUUGCAGAGAUGGCGCCUUCAUAGCUUGCCCCUUUUUCUAUGAGAUUUGGCUUAAAGGGCUGGCAUCCAGGACAUUAAAAAAACAAAAAUUUGACACAAUUCUAGGGAUUGACAGGGCAAGCUAUGCUGGCGCCAUCUGCUAAUUAUUUCGAUCGGCCAACCCCAUUUUUUAUUUAGUGUUAUUCGCCAUAAGUACUAUGAUUGUAACAGCCAAAAUUGUCACAAAAAAUUACAUGACAUUUUCAUUUUCUGCACUAUUUUUUUUGCAUGACUGGUAUAAUAAUUAUUUCAAUUAUGAAUUCCUCGUCCCUAAAUUACACGAAAAUGAUAUAUUACUUAACCUAGUUGCUAAGACCUGGACGAAUUGGACCUGGGAAGGUUAUUUGGGGUCGGCUCUCCUAGUCAUAUUUCGCCACAGGCUUUUACUGUCCUUACUUACCCUACUAAAAUGAGUUUACACUAAAUCGACCCAUAAAUAGGACAGAAUAAUUAAGUCCAUAUUACAUGUACCAUGUCAGCAUAUCCUAAAAUACGGACGUAAAGUUAUUUUUACACUAUUUCGAGGCACCUUCUUUAGUAUACAAUGGUAAAAAAUUAAUAUAAAAGAACUGUUUUAUACAACACCUGUUUUGUUGAUAUGAAUGUAAAUAAAUGUCAAGUUUAAAAAACAAAA